CCGAAACACAAUAAUAAACCAUGCUCCAAGAGAACAAGGCUAGACCUAGAAUUUGCAAACGAUGCAGAAAUUCCACGAUGAUUACAGUUUACAAGUUACCAGCCAUAAACCUUAUAUAACAUGGAACAGCAAAGUCCAAACAAUUCAUUUCAUUCCAAAAUACACUCUGGAAGAAUAAUCAUGGAUUUUACCGAAUCCUAUACCGAUACGUGUUCCUCUGUGGGUAUGGCUGCUCGCAUGGGGGACCUGGGAUGUGUCCAGGACCUGGUGUGGCACAGGAAACCGGUCGAUGUGAAGGACAACAGGGGCUGGACACCAAUCCAUGAAGCAGCCUUCCAUGGUCACUCGGGCUGUCUGGAGUUCCUUCUACGUCAAGAUGUGGUCGACCCAGAAUGGAGAACUUUUGAAAACGAAACUCCUCUGAUCUUGGCAGCACGCGGCGGCCAUUUUGAGUGUGUGCGGACUUUGCUGGACUGUGAUGCUGAUCCAACAGCAGAAACUAAGGAAAUGUUCACACCCUUGUGGGAGGCGACAGGUGCAGAUAGUUUUGAAUGUGUGAGACUGUUGAUGAGGAAGGGUGCAGUAGUUCAGAUAAACUACCAGAAUUACACAGGGUUUACACCACUCCAUACCGCCGCUGAGCGGGGCUACACCCACAUCCUCGACUAUCUAAUCAAACAUGGAGCCAGACUUGAUGUGUGUGCUGACGUGGACAUGACGUCAAUAUUUCUCGCAUCACAAUUUGGCCACAAGGACUGCCUACAAAUCCUCCUACAGACUGCCAGGGAAAAGGGUCAAUUGGAUCUAGUGAACAAAACAACACAUGACCAUGCAACGCCCCUUCUGAUAGCCUCCCAGGAGGGCCAUGAAGACUGCAUACGUCUAUUGCUUACUAACGGUGCUGACCCCAACAUUCCUGUCAAUGACCUUAAUGCUGUGGCUGCUCACUUUGCUGUGUACAAGGAUAGACCAAGGUGCCUCCAGUUGGUGUUACCAGUAACAAGACAAGACGUUCUCUUCAACUCGGUCAACACCAUGAUGCAUCCAUUAAUACUUGGCUUAAAAUUGAAAAACACAACCUGCCUGGAAAUCCUUAUUGCUGCAGGAUUGAAUGUGAAAGCAUUUCUUCCAUUGAAUCACGACUUGUUUGAGAUGGACCAACAUCUGUUGUUUACUGUGCUAAGAUAUGAUAACAGCGCCUCUGUGCUCUGUCACAUGGAGGAGAACUGGCCCAGUCAAGGAAUUGAAUUCCUCCUCCGUGCAGGUCUUCCAUGCAAUAUACAGAACCCACAGGAGUUACCUCCCUUGAUAUCUGCUCUGUCGAAGGCGGAUUUUGAUCUGUUUCUGCUUCUUCUGAAGUAUGGUGCUAACCCCAAUAUUUACCAUGAACGUGUUGGGGGUAACCUCCCCAUUCUUUUGGCAUUGAGAAAUGACUUGCUGCCAAAGUUGAUUGUGAUAGACAUGGAAACAAGACGGAACUUGUUUGGGAAAUAUCUAAUUCCAUUACUGAUGGCCGGUGCUAACGCCCAGUCUUGUUUCAGUGCUCUCAACGUUAUCACGGAGGAACUGGUAUAUGACCUACACCAGGUGUUACAGGACACUAUUGUGUGGACCAACCUGUUUCCUCUUCUUGUUCUAAUAUUGUGUUUCACAAGUAAUGUGUCUCUGGACGAAAAACUAUGUGUUCUGGCACAACAGUUCAAGGCGGACAGAUUACUAAAGAAGAUUGAAGAUUCCAGCGGGACAUUGUCUCAUGCCUGUCGUAAGAAGGUGGUACAACAGUUUGCGUCGUCAGGUUGUUACAACAAGGAUAGUGUGUGUAGUCUUCCUGUGCCUUCCAUCCUUCACGAGUAUCUCCUCUUCAUGGAGUACGGUACUCACAUCAGUGAAAUAGUGCAAGACUCACUCAAGUACCUCACAAUUAAAGAACAUGCGGUCAUCCAUGAACUUCAGCCGGAACAAGGAUGGGGAUAGCCAUGAAUAAAACUGGAGACAAAACUAUCGCAAUACUUUUUAAUUUGUACACAAUGAAAUUUAAAUUUUGUUUUUAACCCAAAACUAAUAUAUUAAGGCAUUUUUGUAGGGGAUGGGUGUCAUUUGUUUUAUUCCAUGUAAGAAAACAGUCAAUUUAAAUUCUUACUGUGACCAUAGAGCCCAGCUUGUCUCGUCACAUUAGUACAAGUAAACAUUGUAGUUAUGUGUUGAGACAAGCUAUCAUAAAGAAAAUGCUGUUUAAAUCAGUUGGGUGUGGGGAGAAAAGAGCACUGUACCACAUUGGUCUACUUAAUUAAUUUAUCACAAACUCAUAGUACAUGUGUACCAAUGGCUAAUUGACUGCCAACGUUUAUAAAACCAUUUAAUCAACUCAUAAGGAAGUUUUACAAACGCUUGUGAUGUUUAUCGAUGGACCAUCAAUCAAAUAAGGUAGUGUACUGAUCCUCUGAAGAGUGCUAUAGAAAUCAUACGACAGGAAAUAAUAUGUCAACAGAAUUUAGAACUUUAUAAUGAGUUAUAAGAAGGUAUCCUAUAAUUGCUUACUGAUGGAAUUCAAAUUAGUGGUUUUAUCUUCAUUGGAAAGACUGGCAAUUUUGAUAAAUUGAAGUCACCUAGAAUCGAAUUGUUGUAUAUGUUUAUGCAGUCAUUAAUCUGAAAACAACAUAGCUUGAUAGACCAUGUAAAGCUACAUUCCUGUAAAGUCGUAUGUAGCUUGAUGGACCAUGUAAAGCUACAUUCCUGUAAAGUCGUAUGUAGCUUGAUACACCGUGUAAAGCUACAUUCCUGUAAAGUCGUUUGUGGUCUAAAAUUAAAGCAACUGGUUGUUGAUUGGGAUAAGAAUUUAUUUAAGUACAAUUUAGUUUAGAAUAUAUUACUGAAUGUCAUCUUAUCUGAUCGAGAGAUUUGUUCAUUGCCUAGAAGCGUGCGUGUGAGAUUGAAGUUGACAGCUUUAUGUAUAUGUGAUAAUAAAUUUCAAGUUAUUUAAAGGACACAGUCAUUUUAGAGAGGUUUGUAAUUGAUUCAGUAUAUGAACAGUACGUAUUAUGUCCCAGUGUCACAAUCAAACCCUAACUUGAGCAGCUUGUUGUAACAUUGGAGAAUGAAUUAUUAAAGCUUAAUAAUCAGUCAUGGAAUUAUCAAGCUUAAUAAUCAGUCAUGGAAUGAUAUCUAUAAAUAUUAUAUAUAUCUGUAAUGUUUUGAAAAAGUACAUUUCGAAAUUUUAUCAGGAAGUUUUGAGAGAUUAAAGUUGUGAUGCAAGCCCAGGCCAUAACUUUUCAAGUUUCAAAGCGACAAGGGUCAGUAGCUCUAUGGCCAUCUGUCAAAAUGUCUACACAUAGGCCAUCAGGCUUUGGUACUCGCAGUUAGGCAUACAAUGAUGUAUGUAUAAUUGUAAGUACAUAUGUAUAAUGUAUAAGAGUAUCAGAAAGAGGAAGGUGAGAGUCCAGUGGCCAGUUAUCCUUAAAGCAUGAUAUAUCUGUUAGUAUAUAUUUCUGACAAAUAUUAGUGCUACAUUGUAUGCUUGUCAUGUAAGAAAAGUUUUCAAUAUUUGAUAUAUUUUAUUGAGUCCAAUAUUUAUUUACCAACUAUUUGCUGUGAAAUGAAAUGAAAUUUUAUUGGUACAGUAUAAUAUUUUUAUCCAUCAUCAAUUCUUUUAAGCUUAUGAUAGCCGUUUUUAUUUUUCACAAGAUCAUUUAAUGAAUAUUUUAAUACAAAGUGUUCAUGUGGAUAUAGUGAACGCCAUUAUUACUAUAAACAUGUAUGGAGGAUAUGUGUGCCAUUAAUAAUGUGAUAUGGCUACUGUGAAUAAAGAUGGAUGCUGUGAAAAUGUAUUGUUAACAGUUAAGUGAACACAUAUGGAUCUGUAAACUGGUCAGGAUACUGAGACUUAUAUGGAAAAUAUAAACAUGUAUGGAUACUGUCAACUUGUAUGGAUACUGUAAACAAGUAUGGAUACUUUAAACAUGUAUGGAUACUUUAAACAUGUAUGGAUACUGUAAACAUGUAUGGAUACUGUAAACUGGUAUGGAUACUGUAAACAUGCAUGGAUACUGUAAACUUGUAUGGAUACUGUAAACAUGUAUGGAUACUAAACACGUAUGGAUACUGUAAAUAUGUGUGGAUACUGUAAACAUGUGUGGAUACUGUAAACUUGUAUGGAUACUAAACACGUAUGGAUACUGUAAACAUGUGUGGGUACUGUAAACACGUAUGGAUACUGUAAACAUGUGUGGAUACUGUAAACAUGUAUGGAUACUGUAAACAUGCAUGGAUACUGUAAACAUGUAUGGAUACUGUAAACACGUAUGGAUACUGUAAACACGCAUGGAUACUGUAAACAUGUAUGGAUACUGUAAACAUGCAUGGAUACUGUAAACAUGCAUGGACACUGUAAACACGUAUGGAUACUGUAAACACGCAUGGAUACUGUAAACAUGUAUGGAUACUGUAAACAUGCAUGGAUACUGUAAACAUGUAUGGAUACUGUAAACACGUAUGGAUACUGUAAACACGCAUGGAUACUGUAAACACGCAUGGAUACUGUAAACAUGUGUGGAUACUGUAAACAUGUGUGGAUACUGUAAACAUGUAUGGAUACUGUAAACAUGCAUGGAUACUGUUAACAUGUAUGUAUACUGUAAACACGUAUGGAUACUGUAAACACGCAUGGAUACUGUAAACAUGUAUGGAUACUGUAAACAUGUAUGGAUACUGUAAACAUGUAUGGAUACUGUAAACAUGUAU